UGUCCGCUGUAUGUUAUGUAACUCAAUGUAAACUAUAUAUAUAUGUGUGUGUUAUGAUUGUUGUUUGGUGUCGAACGAGUCAAAACAUAUUCCGCCAAUCAAAAUGAUAUGGCGAGUUUAAUGACAAAUUUGUUUUUUUUGUACGGGAUUUAUGUUCUUCUUAUUAUCGGCCAGACCGCACUAAGUUCACAGAAAUAUCGGCACUGUUACGCGCGGCAUCACAAACGAUCCGCCAGCCCGACAUUCAGGUACCGGCCGCACGUGUCGGCGUGCGCGACGCCGCCGCCGUCGUCCGCCGUGGCCACCUCCGAAGAUGGCUGCGAAGUAUCGCAACCUCAGUCGACCGAACAGCCACCGGUGCGGUGGCGGUUACCUGCACCGUCGCCACCGACUUCGCCACCGCCACCGCCGCCGUCCACCGACGACGUCUGGACGCCGGGCCGCAAACUGCACAAACGCCUGUUGCUGGUCACCGGACAGGUGUACCACGAGUUCAUAAGCGAGUGUUCGAUCACGGAACAGGCGCGCGACCUGCACGAACUAGACUCGAUGCUCCGGCGAGAACCCGGCGCCGGCGACUUCGUGCUGGUCCAGGUGGGCACGGGCUGGCGGCUCAAUGUCCGGCUGCUGGACGUGCUGGUCGACAGGCUGGGCAACAUAUCGGUGUACGCGGACAAGAAGUAUUAUAGCAAAACGAUGACCAAACACUGCCGGAACAUCGGCGACCGGUGCACGCUGCUCGCCAACCUGGUUCCCGUUAUCGAGCAGCUGGAGCGGCCACAGGAAUUCGGCGACGGCGGCGGCGGCGGCGUUACCAUGUACGACCCGGACUGGAUUCAGGUGCCCGCUGUGCCGCCCCUACCCCGCAAUUUCACCGGCAACACCGAGAAGCAAAUCGAAUACCUGACGUGGCGGCUAUGCGUCCGAGACAGACGUCAAAAUUUCUACUACAAACUCGACCAGGACUCACUGCGGUCCCCCUUGAGUGAUCAAAACGACAUCGCUGAGAGUGAUAAUGCCGUUUACGAAACCAGUUUGUCACUCACCGAUAUACUUCCAAUCAAUCCGAAAAACUAUGACAAAAACCGUGCGCCAAAAGUACAAGGGCAACCGACUAUUGUUUACUUUCACGUCACCGUGCUGUCUUUGGAUUCCAUUAACGAAGAAUCCAUGACGUACGUUGCGGACAUAUUUUUGGCACAAAGCUGGCGAGACCAGAGACUUCGGCUCCCAGAAAACAUGAGCGAAGACUAUCGUAUACUGGACGUCGAAUGGUUGCACGAUAUAUGGCGACCCGAUUGUUUCUUCAAAAACGCGAAAAAAGUUACGUUUCACGAGAUGAGCAUACCCAACCAUUACUUGUGGCUGUACCACGACAAGACGUUGCUGUAUAUGUCAAAAUUGACGCUGGUAUUAUCGUGUGCAAUGAAAUUUGAAUCGUAUCCACAUGACACACAAAUAUGUUCAAUGAUGAUUGAAAGCUUGUCUCACACAACUCACGAUUUGGUUUUUAUAUGGAAUAUGACGGAUCCAUUAGUAGUAAAUCCAGAAAUCGAGUUACCUCAACUUGAUAUAUCAAACAACAUAACUAGUGAUUGCACAAUAAAAUACUCAACAGGAAAUUUCACAUGUUUGGCCGUGAUAUUCAACUUACGAAGACGCUUAGGUUAUCACUUAUUUCACACAUACAUUCCAUCAGCGCUCAUCGUUGUAAUGUCAUGGAUUUCGUUUUGGAUAAAACCCGAGGCUAUACCAGCUAGAGUGACGUUGGGCGUGACUUCACUAUUGACACUCGCCACUCAAAACACUCAGUCACAACAGUCCUUGCCGCCUGUAUCUUACGUAAAAGCCAUCGAUAUAUGGAUGUCUUCGUGUUCGAUUUUCGUUUUUCUAUCCUUGAUGGAAUUUGCCGUCGUCAAUAAUUACAUGGGACCCGUCGCGACCAAAGUGAUGAAAGGGUACUCAGAAGAAGACAUCCGAGGUGACGACUUUAAGGAACUGGACCCAAAAAGCCGAAGUCCAAUUAGAAGUGUAGCCACCGUAGCCGCGGCACCACAGUACCCGACUUUCUGUAACGGCCGCGCAAUAGCACUGUACAUCGACAAGUUCUCGCGGUUCUUUUUCCCGUUUUCGUUUUUCAUCCUCAACGUUGCCUAUUGGACAUCAUUUUUGUAAGCAAAUAUACACUUAUUCUUGUAUAAGUGAUUAGACUAAUGGCUUUUAGCCUUGUUUGAUAUGUAUAACACAUUAUGACGUACAUUUGCAUUAAACGACGUCUGCAUAUCACUGCAUUGUCGCCGUCACACGCAAUGACUAUGCAAAAUAUGUAAAUUUUAAUAUUUUCGUUACUUGUCGUACGAAUAUCCUAGGUAAUUUUAUAGAUGUACCUUUUACCUAUCUACCUACUAUGCUCUACUAAUAAUUUUUUUUUUUAUUUUAGUAAAACAUAUCAUAUUAUUUAUUAAGUCGCUGUAAAAAUAUUUUGUGUAA